AAUUUGAAGCGCAUUAUUCAUACACGUACCACACAAACAGACGGACCUAGAUCGUUUUUCUGUCGUAAUAAUAUUUAAUAAAAAUAAUAAUUAUGUUAAUAUGAAGUAGAAAAUAAUAAUAAUAAUAAUAUUUUCACUAAUUCGUUCGAGCGAUCACCUGCUGCAUAUACGAUAUCAAAUCGACAACCGAGUGAGUCCUCGUGUCGUGACAGCUUCCAUUUGACAGCGAACACGUCAAGUUUCUCUGUAACUUGCAGAUUAUGUCGGGCACAGUACGAGAAUCCCCGGCGGAUUUUAGAAAUGGUGACUUGAUAAGUCGCUUACUUGCAGCUACACCUCCAUAUCAAACAAACUCGACCUUUGUGCCACCAGGACUAUAUUUUAGUGAAAUGCUUAAAAGAUUCGUACAAGCAAAAUCUUCACCCGCUAUAUCUUUAAAUAAAAGAGGAAGAAAACGUACCUGGAAAGAUAGCGGAAAAACUGAACUACCGUCUGAAGUCAAGCAAAAUAAAAUGGACUUUGUACCUUUACCACCCGCACAAACAGAACCACAAUUUCCUUUGUGGUACCCCCCUUUUUAUCCUCCUACUUACCCACCGAUGUAUUUCAAGACUCCAGAAGCAGAGCCUCUAAACUUACAAAUACGUUCAGAUCCGUUAAAGCAGGACAGACAUUAUUCAGCAUUCCGAGUACCAGAACCAUCUAAAACGGAAGAACUUGAAAAAAUUAACAACAAGCAGGGGACUAGUUACUUGAUGGGAAACUUGACAAAAAUUUACAAGCAAGUGGCGCCAGACGAAGAAAAAAUCAUUGACGUAGAGGGAGACGGACCCGAAACCACACAAAACGAAGAGGGUGAGAAGAAAGAUUGUAAAGACUUAACGGCUCUUAUCGGUUUGGAAUUAGUUGUAGAUUAUGUGAAGCAUGGAAACAAUAAAAAUGGUCAAAACGAUCAAAAUGUAAAAUGUUGUCAAAACUCAUAGUUUCAAUUUGACAUCAUUGUUACUAAUAAUCAGACUCAAACAUUUGUGUAACUAUACUUAGUGAUGUUGUUUUAGCUCUCUUAAGUAUUUUACUAAAAAUACCUACGACAUAUUAAUGGUACAUUCAUUAAUUACUAUUUAAAAAAGAAGAUUCGUUCUAUAGUUCAGGCAGGAAUAAUAUACCAUUAAAAUUAUAUAAUUAUAAUCAAUAUCGACAAUUACAAAUCGGUAGCAUCCGUAUUGGGUCUCGAAUUUAAAAUUACUACACUAGUUGGGUCCCGAAUUAUUUUAGGUACUACACUAGUUGGGUCCCAGAUUUUUAAAAGUACCACACUAGUUGAGUCCUGAAUUAUUUUAGGUAUACACUAGUUCCUGAAUAUUUUUUGGUAAGUACUACAAUAUACUAACAUUUUUCU